UUUUUUAUUUUUUUCCUUCAUAAACCAAACAACUCUAUGUCAAACAAAAAGCUAUCUUCACCCUUAGGAGAAGCAAAUGUUCCAUUAUUAUCACCAAAGGAAGAAUAUGAAGAACCGCAAACUCUCACAACAAAGGUUUUGAUCGAAUCAAAGAAGCUAUGGCAUAUAGUAGGUCCAGCAAUUUUCAGUCGCAUUACAUCCUUUUCUAUGAUGGUCAUCACUCAAAUCUUCGCUGGCCAUCUCGGUGACCUCGAACUCGCUGCUAUCUCCAUCGCUCUUAAUGUUAUUGUUGGCUUCGAUUUCGGACUCUUGUUGGGAAUGGCGAGUGGAUUAGAAACACUAUGUGGACAAGCAUUUGGUGCAAAACAAUAUCAUAUGUUAGGAGUAUACAUGCAACGAUCAUGGAUAGUGUUAUUCAUUUGCUGCAUUCUUCUAUUACCAAUGUUUCUUUUCGCGACGCCGUUGUUAAGAGCGUUGGGACAACCAGAGGAUGUAGCGGUAUUAUCCGGAGAAGUUACAAUGUGGAUGAUACCGUUACAUUUCUCACUUGCGUUUCAGUUUCCUCUCAAUAGGUUCUUACAGUGUCAGCUUAAAACCGCCGCUAUAGCUUGGGUUUCUCUGAUUGGGUUUUUUAUUCAUACUUUUGUUAGCUGGUUGUUUGUGUUUAAGCUUCAGCUUGGUGUAAUUGGAGCUGCUGCUACUUUGAAUUUCUCUUGGGGGUUUCUAAUGGUUGGGCAGUUUGUUUAUACUGUUUAUGGAGGUUGUCCUUUGACAUGGAAAGGGUUUUCUAUGGAGGCUUUUUCAGGCCUUUGGGAAUUUCUUAAACUCUCAGCAGGUUCUGGAGUUAUGCUAUGUUUGGAGAGUUGGUACUAUAAAAUUCUGAUAUUGAUGACUGGGAAUCUACCAAAUGCAGAUAUUGCAGUAGAUGCAUUGUCCAUAUGUAUGAAUAUAAAUACUUUGGAGUUCAUGAUUCCAUUGUCAUUCUUUGCUGCAACAGGAGUGAGGGUUGCAAAUGAGCUUGGAGCUGGAAAUGGGAAAGGAGCAAAAUUUGCUACUAUAGUGGCUAUGUUGACAUCAUUAGCAAUAGGACUUUUCUUUUGGGUAUUGAUUGUGGCAUUGCACAAGAAAAUUGGCUUCAUAUUUUCUACUAGUAAACCUGUUCUUGAUGAAGUAGACAAUCUUUCUCUUUUAUUAGCCUUCACAAUUCUCCUUAAUAGUAUUCAACCAGUUCUAUCAGGAGUGGCUGUGGGAUCAGGGUGGCAAUCAUAUGUGGCAUACAUAAACUUGGGUUGCUACUAUAUUAUUGGGAUUCCUCUUGGAUUUUUAAUGGGUUGGUACUUCAACCAAGGAGUUAUGGGAAUCUGGGCAGGGAUGAUUUUUGGAGGAUCAGCAACUCAGACAAUAAUAUUGUGUUGGAUUACACUUAGGUGUAAUUGGGAGAAAGAGGCAGAGAAAGCAAAAUUACGUUUAUCAAAGUGGUCAGAUAAAUAAUAACAACUGGACUAGUGUUUGUUUUGUUUAAGAUGUUUCGAAGAUAUUAAAGUUCAAAACUCAUUACUUCGUUGAUGGAUUUGUUUCUUCAUAACCAAAAUGGAUAAGAAUUGGUACUAUUUGUGCCAGACUUUUAAUAUAUGAAUA